AUGGUUGAUCCUCAGAGAGCCUCUGAUGAGCCCGCUGCCAAUAUAGAGCAAAUGCAACAAGCCUCCCACGAAGUUGAGGGAGAAGCUCAGCAACGAGGAGGUCCGUUCAAUGAGCAAACCAAGUAUAUGCCUCCAUUGCGUGUCAUCACAGUUUUUCUUGCAUGCGCAAGCGUCGACCUGGUUGCCCUGAUAGAUCAAACAACUCUUGCCGUCAGCUUGCCAAUGAUUAGCGCGAAUCUUCAAGCAGGAAGCCUUACGUCGUGGAUAGCAAAUGGUUAUUUCGUGACAUCUACCUCUUUCCAGCUCGUUUACGGCCGGCUCAGCGACAUAUGGUCGAGGAAGCUAAUUCUUCUUGUUGGACUUCUCAUCUUCUUCCUUGGCUCUCUGGCUAGCUCCCUGUCCCAGACUCCACUCCAGCUUGUUGUCUUCCGUGCCAUUACGGGAAUCGGAGGCGGUGGUCUGAUGACUAUUGCGCAAGUCAUUGUGAGCGAUGUUGUAACACUGCGAGAGCGAGGAAAGUACCAGGGCAUCUUGGGUGCGGUAGUUGCACUAUCAAACGGAGUUGGCCCGGUUAUUGGAGGUGUAAUUGCGUCUCAAGGUGCAGAGAGCUGGCGAUGGAUUUUCCGUCUCAGCUUAUUCCUGACCGUGUUCACUACUGGCUGCGUGGUGUUCUUCAUGCCUUUGAGGAAAGUCGAAGGGUCGUGGCAGAAGAAACUGAAAGCGGUUGAUUUUCUCGGCGCUCUACUGACACUGCUGGCCUCCGCGCUCGUCGUUUUGGGACUCUCCUGGGCGGGGGUCGAGUAUGCUUGGAGUUCGGUGCAGGUACUGGCAACACUUUCCGUUGGAGCUUUUCUAGCUGUGUCUUUCAUACUGUGGGAAUGGAAAGGUCACCCUUACCCCCUUAUGCCUCUCAAUAUAUUCAAGGAACGUAUGGUCAACGGCGCCUGCUUGACCAUGUUUGUCAAUGGGUGGAACUUUGUCGUGCAAAUCUACUACAUCCCUAUCUUUUACCAGUUCGUGUACGGAUACGGCCCAGUCAAGGCUGGAACGCUACUUCUGCCUCUUGUCUUGAUGCAAACCUUGAGCAGCACUCUCUCCGGCCUUGUUGUCUCGUGGCUGGGGAGGUAUAGAGAGGUUAUCCUUGCGGGUUGGGCCGUGUGGGCCGUAGGUCUUGGACUAUUUUCUACGCUUGAUGAGCAUUCGGGUUUGGGUAAGCAGGUCGGCUAUGGGCUUCUUACGGGCCUGGGGGUUGGGCAGACACUGCAACCUAGCCUCGUUGCCAUUCAAGCAGGAGUAAGCAGGAAAGAAAGGGCGGUUGUGACAGCCACACGAAACUUUGUCAGAAAUCUCGGUGCUUCAUUUGGACUUGCUGCCGCUGGUACUGUACUCAACAAUUGUGUUCGUGCCAGUCUCAUGAAGGCUGGCACCGGUCUCUCGACAGCCGAAAUCGCCGUCAUGAUUUACUCGCCAUCCCAUUUGAUCUCGGGCCAAGAGACUGGAAGCGCAACCAGUGAACUAUUCUUGAGAGGCUAUCUCCGUGGAUUUAGAUUUGUCUUCUUGAUUGGCGCUGGCUUGGCUGUUCUAGCUUUCUGUGUAGCAUUUUUCCUCAUGCCUGAGUUAGGCCUGAAGAGAGAUGAUGAUCAGCGUUUAAAGAGGGAGGGUAAGAACAAAACACUUCGCAAGCCCGAAGGCUAG